AUGGAUUUGUUGUAUAUCGUUGCAGCAUUGGUCAUCUUUGCAUCUCUACUCAUUGCAAAGAGCAAGAGAAAGCCAAAGAAGAAUCUACCACCUGGACCACCGAGACUUCCUAUUAUUGGAAACUUGCACCAACUUGGAGAGAAGCCUCACCGUGCGAUGGUCGAGUUAUCCAAAACGUACGGUCCUCUAAUGUCCCUGAAGCUUGGAAGCGUGACAACUGUUGUGGCAACUUCAGUAGAGACGGUGAGGGACGUCUUGAAAACAUACGACUUAGAAUGUUGUUCACGACCUUACAUGACCUACCCUGCAAGAAUCACGUACAAUUUAAAAGAUCUCGUCUUCUCUCCUUACGACAAAUACUGGAGGCAAGUGCGAAAGCUGACGGUCGUGGAGCUCUACACUGCGAAAAGGGUACAGUCGUUUCGACAUAUAAGAGAAGAAGAAGUUGCCUCCUUCGUCCGUUUCAACAAGCAAGCUGCUUCGUCGGAGGAGACAGUUAAUCUCAGCCAGAAGAUAUUGAAAAUGUCGGGAAGUGUGAUCUGUAGGAUUGGAUUUGGGAUAAACCUUGAAGGGAGUAAGCUUGAGAACACUUAUCAAGAAAUCAUUGUGCAAGCUUUUGAGGUGUUGGGGAGCUUGGCAGCAGUGGAUUACUUCCCGGUUAUCGGCACAAUCAUCGAUAGGAUCACCGGUUUACAUGCCAAAUGUGAGAAAGUUUUCCAUGGAAUUGAUUCGUUUUUUGAUCAAGCGAUACAGCGUCAUAUAGAUGAUCCGAGUAUUAAGGAUGACAUCAUUGACUUGCUUCUCAAGAUGGAAAGAGGAGAGGGUUCACUCGGAGAGUAUGAACUUACUCGAGAACACACCAAAGGGAUUCUUAUGAACAUUCUUACUGCUGGAAUAGACACUUCUGCACAAACCAUGACAUGGGCGAUGACACAUUUGCUUGCAAACCCAAGAGUGAUGAAGAAACUGCAAGCCGAGAUAAGAGAAAAGAUCAAGAACAUAGACGAAAUCACGGAUGACGAUGUGGAGCAGCUCGAUUAUUUCAAACUUGUGUUGAAAGAAACCUUUAGGAUAUCACCGAUUGUGCCGGUCCUGGUUCCAAGAGUAGCUGCAAAAGAUCUAAAGAUCGCAGGUUACGACGUUCCAGAGAAAACAUGGAUCCAUGUCAACAUGUGGGCUGUUCAUAUGAGCCCAAGCAUUUGGAAAGAUCCAGAGACUUUCAACCCCGAGAGGUUUAUCGAUAACCAGACUGACUUUAAAGGUCUCAACUUUGAGCUGUUGCCGUUUGGUAGCGGAAGGAGGAUGUGUCCCGGUAUGGGCAUGGGUUUGGCUGUGGUCCACUUGACUCUCAUCAAUCUUCUUUACCGUUUUGACUGGAAGCUUCCAAAUGGAAUGAAGGCAGAAGAAUUAUCAAUUGAAGAGAACUAUGGACUUAUAUGUGUCAAGAAACUCCCACUUGAAGCUAUCCCAGUCCUUACCCAGUGGACUUAA